CUCAUUCUGUAUCAUCAUCAACACUUUCAAAACAAGAGCACAAUAAAAACCUGUUGCUACAGCAACGUACAUCUGCUAUUUCCGGUGCUAGUCCACACAGCACGCAACCAUAUCCACCUUUUGAGAGGUUUAUUCCCAACCUGCCUCCAAUUUAAAAUGUGCAACAACAUUUUAAAUUUCAAUCAAAGGGGCUGACAAUCCAAUGCAGGCUUUACCAUUAAUGACGCCAUGAGAACAGAGGGCUUAUACUGACUGUACCAUUCGGUGUAAGGUGUUCGGCACUUGGGACAGCUAAAGUCACCAUCAUGGUGAUCAUGGUAUAACAGUGACAUGCCUACACUCUCCAAGGUUCAUAGUGUUUACAUUCAGACUGGAUUAUCAGGCUGUUACAUAACUUCCUAUACAUAAUGGCAAUUGGUAAUGUGCUUUUCAAAUAUACAACCCAAAAUAGUGCCAGAUGUUACGUUAGGGUCGUCACCCCCCACCCCACCAGACACACACACACACACACACACACACAUGAGUGGCUAUCAGAUUAGAGCCAGCAUUGUGAUGACCUGUCCAGCGGUCCGCUUUUGUCUAUGCAUGCAGAGGUGAAAGAUUUCACUCUUACAAAGUGGAAAAAAUCGUGCUCUGCGUUCAUGAUCGGACUCAACUGAGCGCACGGAGAGCAAAUCCGAGCCAUCUGACGCGGGGGGAUUUGUAGGUUUAGGCGAAAUUCCUUCCCCCCCUCCUCUAUGAGAUUAAAUACCGUGACAUCCAUGUAUAGAUUGUCACUGUGUUUACAGCACGAAGCAGGUGCGGAAUGCGCGUCCUGUGCAGGAAAAGUUGUCGGGCCAGGCUGCAGUUCUGAAACAUUUGGAGAGCUGCGACGCUGGACACCAUGCACACGGAUGUGGUGCUGCUCACCCUGCUGCUUUGGAUGGUCGGUGUGUCCGGGCAGCCGCGUCCGAAAGGCCAAAUACUGCAGUCAUACAGGCACGUCAGAUCAAAAAGAGAAAUGCCUCAAACAAAGGGACCCAGUCAGAAGAUUGGCAGCCCCAUAUUCAAGAGGAGUCCAGAUAUAACUAAAGCCUGGGGUACAAAGACAGAGCAGCUGCUGAGGAUAGACGACCAUGACUUUACAAUGCGACCGGGAUUUGGAGGACCUGCAGUCCCAGUGGGAGUGGAUGUUCAGGUUGAAAGUUUGGAUGCUAUUUCAGAAGUUGAUAUGGACUUUACUAUGACCCUGUAUCUGCGGCACUACUGGAAAGAUGAGCGCCUGUCUUUCAAAAGCAGCAACAACCAGAGCAUGACCUUUGAUAGCCGCCUGGUGAAGAAAAUCUGGGUACCUGACAUGUUUUUUGUCCACUCAAAGAAGUCCUUCACCCAUGACACCACCACUGAUAAUGUCAUGCUACGAGUUUACCCAGAUGGCAAAGUCCUCUACAGCCUCAGGGUGACGGUCACAGCCAUGUGUAGCAUGGACCUCAGUCGGUUUCCUCUUGAUACUCAGACAUGCUCUUUGGAGAUAGAGAGCUAUGCAUAUACAGAUGAUGACCUGAUGCUAUACUGGAAGGAAGGGAACAGGUCAUUAAACACAGAUGAGAGAAUUUCUCUCUCCCAAUUCCUCAUCCAGGAGUUCCACACCACCACAAGGCUGGCCUUCUACAGCAGCACCGGCUGGUACAACCGUCUGUACAUCAACUUCACCCUGCGGCGUCACAUCUUCUUUUUCCUGCUGCAGACCUACUUCCCCGCCACGCUGAUGGUCAUGCUGUCCUGGGUGUCCUUCUGGAUCGACCGCAGGGCCGUCCCCGCCAGAGUGCCGUUGGGCAUAACUACGGUGCUCACCAUGUCCACCAUCAUCACUGGAGUCAAUGCCUCCAUGCCCAGGGUGUCAUACAUCAAAGCUGUGGACAUUUACCUCUGGAUCAGUUUUGUUUUUGUGUUCUUGUCGGUGAUUGAGUAUGCUGCAGUCAACUAUCUGUCCACUCUACAAGAACGCAAGGAGAGGAAACUCAGAGACAGGCUGCCGUGUACCUGUGGUAUGGCCCAUCCUGGCAUGAUGUCAGCCAGUUACAGUGAGGUGGAUGCAAACACAACCGGGAACUACGGCAUGCCAGAAGAAAACGGGGUCAAGCGGGAGAGAAUACUGGUGCAGCUGGCGAUGGAGAGCGACCAGGUCACUGGCCAUGUUGGCUCCAGUUCCUACAGCAACGUCUGGAUUGACACACAUGCCAUAGAUAAGUACUCCCGGGUCAUCUUUCCUGGGGCUUACAUCCUCUUCAAUAUCAUCUACUGGUCUAUCUACUCCUAACACUGAUGGGACCUGUAGGUAACCAAGGUAAGAACAAUUGUAACAGAACUGUGACAAGAUGGGAGGCAGAUUGAUCAAAGUGGCUGGAGAUAUGUGCACUUAACUUACACAUUCAGGCUUUGAUGUGUUCAGAUUUCAACAAAGAAGGGUCUUUGUAAAAUGCUGAGUGGACAGAACCUCGGGAACAGUCUAAAAGGAUCAUAUAGAGCUGAAUCUUCAGUUAGUCAAUCAAAACACACAAAUUACCAAUGUGGCUUCAUCACAGGACAGAUAGAGCACCAUGAUAUGUACUUAAAAGGUAUUGAAUGUUUUCCAGAGAAUGGUUUUGUCAAUUGUUAAGUGAAGGUUUUCGCAACAAGUUCAGAACUUGAUCUCUUUAAUCAAG